AUGCCAAGUGAGGUGCUUGAGACAAGCAGUGGGAUGGAGGAGAGCGUGCAGAAAGAGAGCAAGACUGGAAGCCAGAGCCCUCGCUGCAGCUCUCUGAGAAGGGCUGUGGCAACCACUGUCACCUUUGAUGGAGAAGCCACUAUGGACCGGAGGAAAAAGAAGAAGAAAGAGUCCCGUCCUGAGUCAAUAAUAGUGUAUAGGUCAGAUAAUGAGAAUAAGGUGGAAGAAGAACAGGCAGAUGAAGAAGGAGGGGAGAGGAACUCUGAGGAAGGCUCCAAGUUCCUGGGUCAGUCCAUGGCAGAUGGUGUCUGGAACAUGCCUUUAGAUAGCCGAUAUGUCACCCUGACUGGAACAAUCACCAGGGGAAAGAAGAAGGGUCAGAUGGUGGACAUCCAUGUCACACUAACAGACAAAGAGCUGCAGGAACUGGCUAAGUCAAAGGAACCUCCUAAAGAGGACAUACCUGAGAAGAAGAAGAAAUGUGAUGUUGGACUGGACAGAGGACCCCACAUUGUUCUCUGGACUGUCAUCUGCCUCCCCAUCAUUUUUGUAGUGUCCUUCGUGGUUUCAUUCUACUAUGGAACCAUUACAUGGUACAACAUCUUCUUGGUGUACAAUGAAGAGAGGACCUUUUGGCACAAAAUUACCUUUUGUCCCUUUUUGAUCAUCUUCUACCCAAUAAUAAUUAUGGUUGUGUCUUUUUCCCUAGGCCUGUACUCGGCUGUGGCCCAGGUAGCAUGGUCCUUUGGGUACUGGUGGCAUGCUGUCAGAGAUAUGGAGAAGGGCUUCUGUGGCUGGCUCUGCAGCAAGCUGGGUUUGGAAGAUUGUUCUCCAUACAGCAUUGUCGAGCUGCUAGAUUCUGACAAUAUCUCAGGUAGUCUCUCUGGCAAGAGCUCUGCGCAGGGGGUUGAGACCUCGGCAGUCUGAGCCCUUGUCCUGGCUCACUAUUUUGGUCAUAUGUGAGUGGUUUUGAUGUAGAAAAUAACACACUGAUUUAUAUAUAUCUCUAUUUAAACACAAACUUAAAUAAAAUAUUGGGCUAGGAAUACUCUAUAAAUGUUACAGAAUGCAAGUGUACUAGCUUCACGUGGUCUGCAUGGGGAGGUGCAUGGCUCUCCAAGGAUUUGUCAUCUGUUUUAGCUAAUUACAACUUCUGGGACUGGUGAGAAAAUCCAGGUCUGUGAGGCUUGGGCUGUUUGUGGGGUGGCAGAGGUAUAUGCUGA